GUUAUGAUUGUAAAAUGAGCUCAGAUCUGAAAAUGAAAUCCUUGAAUUUAGAUCUAGAUCUAGGACAGUCGACGCAAAAUUCAGAGGUAUCGUCCGUUAACAUUCAAGGCAAUGAAUCACAGAAUCAGCAUUUCAGUUUAGGAAAUUCCUUGUAUUUACAGUCUUUACCAUUACCAGUAUUACUACCUCCACCAAUGACGCCAAUGUUGCAUUUUCCACAUUUCAGCAAUGCUCAGCAAAGCACACUCCAUCGAAUAUUUUACAUUGUAAGGCAACUUGGCAGUGGAUCUUAUGGUGAAGUGUUUCUGGCCAUUGAUAUUAUGACUAGAGAGUGUCUGGCUAUAAAGAAGAUGAGAAUGGAUGAAAAUAUUUCAGAUGACAUUGUGAAAAAAGAAUGCAGUAUUUUACAAACUUUAAAUCACAGAAACGUUGUCAAGUUGAAGGACGUCCUCAAUGUUGUUGGGCAUGCGCACAUUCCCCGGUCUAUAAUGUUUGUUUUUGAAUUGUGCUUCUGUGACCUCUGGUCCAUGAUCCUUAGCGAGCAGGUCCAUUUAACGUUGUCCAACAUCAAGUCCAUUAUGCAUCAGCUCCUUGAAGGUCUACGUUACAUUCACAGUUUAAAAAUAAUUCAUCGUGAUCUGAAACUCAGCAACAUAUUGAUCACAGAAGAUGGAGUGGCUAAAAUAGCAGACUUUGGGAUGGCGAGAUAUGAAUGCCCUAGAAGAUUCUAUUCUCCAAAUAUUGCAACACUACACUACAGGUCACCUGAACUGUUGCUAGGAUCUACCAACUAUGGUCGAGCAGUGGAUGUGUGGUCACUAGGUUGCAUUUUUGUUGAGCUGUUUAACAGGAGCAGAUUUAUACAUGGCGACACAGAACACGCACAGUUACUUUUUAUGACAAAACUGUUUGGAACCAUUGACAGAGCCUCAUUUCCUCCUGAUUUGGAUUUGCCUUAUUUAGACUCCAUUGUGCUACCAGUCCACCCACAAGGAACCAUCGACAGUGUUCUUGAAAAGGAGGUCAAAGAUGCCCAUGCUAUAGACUUGCUGCGAUCCAUGCUUCAGCUGAACCCUGAACGCCGACUUAAUUGCUCAGCUGCCCUAGGGCACGACUUCUUCUCCGUGUCUCCCUGUCCGGUGCCCGUCAGGCUUGUAAAUAGAAACAACCAGGUAGCCACAGAAAUAAAUGAUGAGCACCAGGUUUCCAGCUCCUCUGAUGGAGAUGCCGCUGCAGUUGAUCAGAAGUCUGCCCCCCUAGUUUUUCACCAUCACUUUCUGGGAUGGCCCAUGACUUAUCAACCUCCCAUUCCUGUUAUGCUAUCCCAUUUCUAUCAGCCUGAUCAAUAGUAGUGCAUCCUCUUUUUUUUUUUUUCUUAGUAUUUAAGAUAGCAGAACUUGAAUGACUUUGUACAAUUUUCCCAAUCAGCUCCUAUUUCCAGUUAUCUUUAUUUCCUAAGCAAAGGUAGAUAAGUGUAUAAAAGAUAAUUUUUCUACAUACAAUAAAAAUACAAAAGAAAAAGAAGCUAAAAAAAGGGAAUGAAUUCUUUGUUACAAAAGUAAACUUCUGAAACUUAAAUACAGAAUCUCUAACACUCAGUUUCUAGGGUUGACCUUGUACACUUGAAUUUAGUUUUAAAUGUAGAGUUGAAAUAAAUGCAGCUAAAAAAAUCUGAUUUGUAUUUUCCAAUAGAAUAAAUUUCUUUUUAUGUAUGAGACAAGAAAGAGUUCCUCUUACACAAAAGUUAGAAAAACUUUUUUAUUUCCUAUCAUAUUGUACAGUAUUAUGACGGUAAAGCUGCAUUGCAGCGCAAGUGAGUGUCUUGAAGACAUUUAUUAAUCCUUUAAAUCCCCGUCCAGCUUGAUGAAUAUGUGAAUUUGUUGAUACAAUUUUUUAUAUGAUGGUGUUAUUUUAUUUAUUGACCAGUUUUAUGGUAACACAUGAUUACAUUGAUCAUUGUAUGUUUUGAGGCAAUAUUUUAUCUGGAGGAGCACACGUUUUUAAAACAUGAUCUCAUUUAUUGGAUAUUAGACUUUUUUUGAGUCCGAAGAUUAAUGAAGAGUGCAGUAUUUCACAUGGCUACCUUCAUAUUUUGCCACAUCCAGUGCAGAUCUGCCACUGGUUGAUUUUCUUUUAUUUUUAAAUGUGCAACUGCAGCUUUUGUAAGUGAUCUCCAGCUGUCUCAUUCUGAAGCAGCAUGCAACCUGGUGCUCUCUUCUGUCAGUUAAGCUGAUCUUUAAAGUGUUUCCCUGGGCACCUCUGUUAUGCCGAGCACCAUAAAAAGACAUUCAAAGGGUAAUUGAGUGUUAAUUAUUAUACAGCUUAAACUACUUCCGCUUCAUAUUUUUUCCUCAAGCAUGAUUUCAAGCCUUUAAUAUUUGCAGAGAAAAACUUGUGGGUUUGAAGCUGGAUUCUAAUUUUGGUGUUGUAAACUUGAAUUGCAGGGCCCACUGCGACCGCAUAGGUUGCAGUGGCCUAAGGCCGGCCCUGUACAAUGGUUUUAAUUUUCAGUGUUAUAAUUUUCAGUAUCCUUAAUUUAACUAACAUUCCAGUAUUAUUAUUAUAGUUCGUCCAUCCUGGUUUGAUGAUGACCACUAUUGUCCUCCAAGGAGCUGAGGGCUUUGCACCGGGGUUCUGUGCCUCAUGUAAAUAGCUGUGUAGAUUACCUAUCUGUGAACAUUUAUCUUUGUUUUUAUUGAAUCUCAUGUUACUAAGUAAAUUAGAGUGAUAGCCUCUAGAGUUUGUACACUUUGUUGCUCAGUAAUGCAAGGCAACUGGAUUUUUUUGUUUUCUAGAUAAUUUCUUCAGCAUUGUCAUCUUUGUAACUUCAACAUGGAGCUCACAUUAUAGUUGCUAUGAAAAGUUGUUUCAAAAAAAAUAAAACAGACAUAACCAUAGGCUUAAAAAUCUAUCCAUUGCUUUAACAAUUUUUGUCUUAAGAAGUUGAUGUCAGAAAAAUGCGUUGUCAAAUCUCUUAGCCCUGUUUAUUUUAUUUUUUUUACCUUCACCAUGUCAUUCUUGAUCUUACCCUUGAAUCAACAAUUAAAAAUGUAAUUUGAGUUCGUUUUAUUGUGUUGGGGCGUUUUUGUAAUAUGUUGGUGUACAUUUUUACAGUAUCAUUUCAUUAUACUUCUUUGCAUUUAUGUUAUAGUUUUAUGAUUCUUGGAAUAAUUUCUUGCUUUUUUUUUUCCUGUACAAAUUUUUAAAGAAAAAAAAAAUUCUUGUCUAUUUAACACAAUAUCUUUAUGGAUUUACAUUUUUUUUUACAUUUUUGUUGUGUGCAUAAUCUUAUCUUUUUAAACAAUGUAACAUACCAGAUUUUGAAUGAAUGAUUUUUAAAAUUUCAAGAUUUUUAUUUUGAUUUUAAGAAUUACAUAAGGAUAAAGUUGGUUCCAAUGUAAAUAUGACCAUUAGCAAUGAGCAUGAUUAGAGAUGUAAACCAAGUCUUUCUACAUAAAUAUCAACUGGUCUUUCCUAAUAAUGCCUUUUUAAGUCCAUAUCUGAAUUGUUGACUAUUGAAACCCAAAUCUGUGUUGAAGUACCGGUAUGUAAAUAGUUAUGGUGUAGUAUUAUUUACAGAGUGAUUCUUUGUUUCUCCUGGUAUCUGGUCUGAACUAUGAGACUGAAGUCAUUGAUUAAAUACAUGAAAUGAAAGUA